UGAUUUCCUCAAAAAAAGGAGGAAGUGCUGUACGUGAGUCACUGCUAUCUUGAACUAAGUCUCCUUCACCCUCCUCUCUAAAUUCGUCCCGGAGAAUGUGGAGCCGUGUGAAUAAGCUGUGCUUUGGGAGCAAUUUUUUCUUAAUUCACACAUGAGCCUCUUAUCAUUUUGAGGCUUGAGUCUCCCAGCCAAAGCACCAUGUGGGGAAUCAGCCCCCUCGUGUUUCUUUUCUCUCUUUCAGUUCAAAAGGCUGUGUUGGACUGUGGUACGGUAGCAAAUGAAUUCCCUUCUCCAAACAUAUCCACAAAAACGGAAAAGGUCAUGAAAGGUCAAAACGUCUCUGUGUUUUGUUUCAAUGCUAACCAGUCACUGACAAUCACCUAUUCAUUGUUUCGGAAUAAGACAUACCUGGGAACCCAGGAUGGAAAAGGUGAACCCACAGUUUUUAACCAAAGUAUUUUAGGAAUCAAAGAUUUGGGCCCCUACAAAUGCAAAGCCCAAGUUCUCAACUGUUCGAAAUACAGUCAAGAGUUCAACUUCACAUUUGUCGAAACUCUUCCGGGUGGAGACAGCUGUCCUUUCUGCCUGCCGCUCCUGCUUCCGGGGUUAUUGCUGGUGCUGAUGGUCAUUAUCCUAAUUCUGGCUUUUUGGAUACUACGAAAGUACAAAGCAAGAGGAGCUACGGGAGAUAGUGUGCCCAAGGAUGAUGGAGAGACAACCAAAGAAGUUGGAAUAUAUGUGAAUAUCCAUACAGGUCAACCAGAAGCCUGUAAUAAUUGUAACACUGGAUAUGUCUAUUCUGAACUUAUUUUUUGAAGUUUGAAGAAAUAAACUGUUUCUCAGGCCACAGAUGCCUCACACUGAGGAGCUCGGGCCCAGAGAGUGGAGUGCAGAGCGUGACGGCGGCGAACACUUGCUUCUCGGUCACAACCCCCACCUUCCUGCUUGCUGAAUCCCGUGCACGUGCAUCUCACUGAUGGGAGAUAUUCACCUCCGAGAUCCCAGCAGCAAGGGAACGUGAUGUUUUAGGCUUUGAUCCCACCAAAUAGGAGAAUGGGGUAUGCUGUGGCUUAAAACAACCAAUUAAGGUAUCUACAUACUAGCCAAAGUAUCGAUCAAGAAUGAGGGUGAAAUAAAGACAUUUUAAGGAAAAGACUGAGAUCUUCCAAUCAUAUGUUCUUAUUGAAAAAACUGCUAAGAACAAAAUCAUGUACUUGCUGAAGAAGGAAACUAAAUACAGAAACGGUGUGCAAGUUUCAGGAAGGAUGCGAGUACACGAAACUGAAAGUUGUGUAAUGCUGGGAAACCUUCUAAAGUUAUUAUGACUGAGAAGUGUGGUAUCGGGGCAUGACUAGGUAAGAAGAACAAUGCAACAGGACAGACAGUCCACUUACGGAUCUAAAGACAUAUGGUAACUCAGUGAAGGGUAAAUAAGGCAUUUUAAAUCAUGGGGCAAAGGUGAUUCAUUCAACCCAUUGUAAAUAUUUGAGAACCAUAUUUUAAAAAUAAGUUGAACUCCUACUUGUCUUUACAACAAAAUUAAUUCAGACAGAUAAAAUACUAAAAUAUUCAAAAAUUAAGCCACAGAAGUGCUGGAAGAAAACAGAGGAGAUUUAAAAUUAAUCUUGAAGUGGGGAGGGUUUUUUUCAGUUAGGAUUCACAGUCCAGGAACACAAAGGAUUGUUAGAUUUGAUUGGAUGGACAGUUAAAAAUGCCUUUACAAAUCGUAAGACAAGGGGUUACCAUUUGGUGUGAUGGUUAAGACACUGGACUCUCACGUGACCGACUGUGGUCGAGUGACAGACCUGGCAGCCUGCUUUCUUGUUCCC